UUUCCGGAAUUCCUCGGCUGCAGGUGACCGAGCUGGCAGGUGAUGGAACGCACCGCCUGGCCAUAGACGAUGGAGAAUGGGGACAACGAGACCUACAGCAACUCGAGGGGAGCGCGGGACCCCGAGUGGGCGGAGCCUCCAGCACUGCCUUCACGUGGUGGGCUUCCUGGAUUUAUUUGGCGUGAGCAUGAUUGUGCCAUUGUUAAAUCAUCAUGUGAAGUCCCUUGGGGCAAGCCCUACCACAGCAGGAAUAAUCGGCUCCUGCUAUGGCAUGUUUCAGCUAUUUUCUAGCUCACUUGUGGGGAGUUGGAGUGAUGUUGUUGGAAGAAGAUAUUCUUUAAUUACUUGCAUUGUCAUCAGUGCACUCGGAUAUGCUCUUCUUGGAGUAUCCACUAACAUUUAUAUUUAUGCCUUGGCUAGAAUACCUGUGGGAAUUUUUAAACACUCACUUUCCAUUUCGAAAGCAUUCCUCUCAGACCUGGUGACAGAAGAAGAGCGUCCAAUAGUAAUGGGGAGGUUUAAUGCUGCUUCCAGUCUGGGGUUUAUCUUGGGACCAGUGGUUGGUGGAAGCCUUACAGAACUACCUGGCGGUUUUUACAUUACCUCAUUCCUAUGCUCUUCUAUAUUUAUUAUAAAUGCAGGUCUUGUCUGGCUACUGCCUUGGUAUGAAGACAAACCAAGCUGUGUUGCCCCAUUCCCUAAUGAAUCUUCAUUUAAUGGGAUAACAGAUACCUCUGCGCUGAAAUCUGAUCUCACAUUACAUACAUACCAAAUGGAAAAUCAGGUUAUAAAAAAACAGACUUUUUGGACUCAGGUUGUUUCAGCAUUCAGGAAAGUAGGAAGUGUUGCUUUUUCUCAUAUGUGGGAGAUAUUUUUGGUCCGUUUGUUAAGUGCUAUUGCUGUCAUGCUGUAUUACAGCAAUUUUGCCUUGGCAAUGGAAGAAAGAUUUCAUAUGACUCCACGUAUGACCGGUUAUUUAAUAAGUUAUGGCAGCACCCUGGGUGUCCUUGCUGGAUUUUUACUUGGACCCCUUUCCAGGAUUUACAAGCACAAUUCAUACAUUAUGUUGUUACAUUCAAACAUUCUCACCUUUUUUUCAAUACUGGUGUAUUCACUGGCACCAAAGAUGUGGAUAGUCGUCCUGGCUUUAACACUUUUGGCAUUUUCAACCAAUAUAGGAAGAACUUGUAUAGUUGAUCUUGAACUGACCCAAGGUGUGAAACAUGGAAGUGGUACACUUAUUGGAGUUGGACAAUCUGUAACAUCAGUGGGGCGCAUACUUGUCCCUCUGUGGUCAGGAAUUGCUCAAGAAUAUAGUCCUUGCGGACCUCCACAGCUUGGUGCAGUAUUGUCGUUAGCAUCCAUAUUUCUAAUGUAUAAAAGUAAAUUAUGCUACAGUGGAUCUGCGCAGACUAAAGUAAAAAGUGCAUGAGAAAAGACGUUCAAAAACACGUUUUUAACACAAUCAACGAAAAUAUGUUAAAUCCCUGACAUGCGGAUGCACUGAAAAGAAGUACAUCUCAAAAGAAUUCUGCCUUUUCUAGGUGCCAAUAGAAAUUAUUACUUGCAUUUAAUUUAAGAACUUAAAGCACCUCUGUCAUCUUCUGGAGUUUUUGCAUACUUGUAAAGACCCCCAAAGGUGACAUCACUUCUUUAGUGGCCCAGGCAUGCUGUGAAGGUGAGAUGUACUUACCUGAUGCUGUUCCCAGCAGGCAUCACCAUCUUCAGCUCCUGGCCUUUAUCCAACAGGAGCCAACAUUAGUGCUUUACUCUUGCACAUGUGAGUACAACACUUUUAUGUCUACGAAGGAAUCCUACACAUGAGAGCAUAAAAACACAGGCGCCUCCAUAGAUAUUGUUGCCUUAUUCCCACAGUUGUCACUAGCGACUACUGUGGGAGGUAACAAAACUUGAUGGCAGUAACUCCGCCUUCUGUCAGUAUUUGUCAACUUGAGGAUGUGCCAUAAGACAAAGUUGUAUUCUCUACAUUGUCUUAUGAUAUCUUGACUGCACUGAAAUAUCAGUGGAAUUCCAAUACAUUCUUUGUGAGCAUUCCAUAAAGAUUUUAUAUUUAUGAAAUGCCCACUUUUUUUGUGACAGAGCUGCUUUAAAACUAAAUAUUUAUUGGUAUCAGUUUCUAAGUAAUACAUAUGUGAAUGUAUUUUAAAUGGGCACUAUUG